AUGGCAACCGCCGUCAUGCAUAUGGAAUCUCACUCCAUGAUCUCGAGCUCCAGCUCCAGCUCAGUGCAGCACAUGUCUCAGACUACCACAAUUGUGGGAGGCAAGUAUUGUGACAAUCUCUAGAAGCUCAGAGCAUCAAAUAAUGUUGUUGGUCAAUAAGUAACUACCUUAUUUUUUGCUCUAUAAGACGCACCAGACCAUAAGACGCACCUAGUUUUUGGAGGAGGAAAACAAGGGGGGGGGGGAAUAUUCUGAAUCCCCUGCCCUGAAGAGGCUUCGCACGGCUAUCCCAGAAGCCAGAACAGCAAGAGGGAUUGCUGCGCAGGCUGCAUUCCGGGAUAGCUGCACAGCCUGCAUUCGCUCCAUAAGAUGCACACACAUUUCCCCUUACUUUUUAGGAGGGAAAAAGUGUGUCUUAUAGAGCGAAAAAUAUGGUAAUUCUGUUGGACGCAAUCCAGCUAAAGUCAGCAGUGAGAAAGGCUACUAUCUCUAUCCCUAUUAGUUAUAAUUAGUUAUAAUUUUUUAUUGAGUUUAUGUUGGCUGUAAUUUUUACCCUGUAGUUUUUACCAUGAGAAUUUUUUACAAUAAAGGAUGAUUUCAGAAAUAAUGACUGAACUAAUGAAUAAUUCUGUCCACACUUAUCUAGCUGUUAAGUCCCAUUGAACUAAAUGGGACAUAACAUCUGAAUAGACAUGCUUAGGCUGGCGUUAUGUGUCCCACAGAAGGAAAUAGGAUUUGUUCUUUGUCACCAUCGUCAUUACCAUCACCAGUUAUUUACUGUUUUAAGUAAAGGAACCUCAGUUAGUUAUGACUAACUCUAGCUGGUUAGAGCCAUCUUGUGCUGAUGUUAAUAUUUUGUUACAUGUUUUCUACUUUUGCGUUUGCAUUUCAGUUUCCUUACAUUUCUGAACAAAUUGGUUAACCCUUUCUCAGUGUGUGGUACGGGAAUGGGGAACCUCCGACCCACAGGCCAAAUUUAACCCACGAGGCCUCCCCACGAGGCGUUGUUGUUUACCUGCCCUUCUACCCCAAAUGGGCCAUACUUAAAACACAAUAUUAAAAACCGUUUCAAACAGCAUACAAGCACAAAAAUUAAUGUGGGUCCUAAAAAUAUACAUCUUAGGUUUCAGCCCUGCCCACCUGUCAAAAUUUGUCCCAGCAGGGAUGGGAAGAUAGGAAAGUAGCAACAUGUAGUGCAACUCACCUUGUGCCCUGACUCUAUUAUGCUGAGCUCUUCCCAUCUUGUAGACAACUUCUACCAGAAAUUUGCAGCUGGUAGAUAGCAGAGCAUUAUUUUAAGUCUUAGCUGGAACUAACCUCCUGUGUUAUUAUGAAGAACUAGAGAAUGGCUGAGACAUUGGUGGGUGUGAGGGGUGUGACGCUCCCCUCAAAUCCCUGCCAUAGUUUCCCAUUCUCUUCUGCACCCAGCAUUAAUUCCUUGCCCUUCGAUUUAGAGUUCUCUGCAACCUUGUCCAUCCAUUAUCUCUCUCUAUAUCUCAAUAUAUCAUUGCCUGUGACUGCCACUUCUUAUUUUACCACCCUCAACUUCCUUGAGGUCUCUUGCUCCAUUAUUUAAUAUAUUUAUUGUUUAUUUAUUAAAUUUAUAUACCACCCUUCAUCCAGGACAGUUCAUAACAUAAAAAUACCAGAUAAAAACACAAAAUACAGAAUAAACAUUUAGUUUGUCCAUCCUUCCUGGUUAUUCUUAUGCAUAGCACUUCCUCCUUCAUGAAUACCUAGAUAGCCCCUCCCCUUUCUAUCUUCUUCCACAUUGCAGCCCCAAAUCAACCUCUUCUACAAAGCUUUUGUAUUAACCCCUCUGUUGCCAGUCAACGCUUAUUACCCUUCCUUUCCACUCCCACCCAUCACUGACUAAAUUUAUCUUGUAACCUCCUUGGUGUUAGAGAACUACCUUUGUUUUCGUUAUCCUGUACAGCACUGGGUGCACUGAUAAAGACAGAUUAAUCAAUUAACCUGAAGAGUCCGUCACAUUUGAUAUUACUUAGCUGCUUAUAUCGAUUACUGUUCACACGUUACAUCCUGUAUACCUGAAGGAGCAUCUCCACCCCCAUCGUUCAGCCCGGACACUGAGAUCCAGCGCCAAGGGCCUUCUGGCGGUUCCCUCAUUGUGAGAAGUGAGGUUACAGGGAACCAGACAGAGGGCCUUCUCGGUAGUGGUGCCCGCCCUGUGGAACGCCCUCCCUUCAGAUGUGAAGGAAAUAAGGAGCUGUCUUCUCUUUAAAAGACAUCUGAAGGCAGCCCUGUUUAGGGAAGUUUUUAAUAUUUAAUGCUGUAUUGUUUUUAACACUUGAUUGGAAGCUGCCCAGAGUGGCUGGGGAAACUCAGCCAGAUGGGCGGGGUAUAAAUAAAUUAUUAUUAUUAUUAUUAUUAUUAUUAUUAUUAUUAUUAUUAGAUCUUUUCAAAUGUCUAUAUAAACUAGGAGCAUCCUCAUAGUGAAGACGGGACAGAAGCAGAUCAACGAAACACAUUCCGUCCAUUGCUCAUCCCUCUGCUGCCAUUGCUUAUGUCAGAGAAGGGCAACCUGCGACCUGGGGGCCAAAUUUGUUUUCAUGAAACCAUAUCUGACAUCAGAUGUGAGGCAGGUAGAGAUGUGGUUGCUUUCACGACAAAAAGCAGGAUUGAGCCCCCAUGCAUCAGCUGAUCCUGCUUAGUUUGGGUGUGUAACUCUCAUGCGCACCCAACCCCACCCCAACCCCACCCCCAGAAAGCAGCAUUUCUCUUUAGGAAGACACUAAAAUGGCACAAGUCAUUAUUUUCCAUGACUUGCUAUGUGGACCCUCAGAGACAAAAAUGUGGAUUUAAUUCUCAAAAUACGUUAAUGAAAUAACUGUCCACAUACUAUGUUCUUUUGGGAGGGGGAGUUGAAAACUGGGGAACCAUUUUAUAUGAAUAAUUGUAAGUUUCUGCCUGGCAGAGGAGAGCAUUUCAACUAGCAAGAGCUCUUCUUCUUCUGUGGAGUCUUUCAGCAUGGUCACCCGCUCCGUCGAGAUACCUGCAGGGGAAAGCAUCCCAGAAUUUGUGGAGAAACCUCAUCCACUAACAGCCCCUGAAGGUGAGCAGAAGUAGCAUUCAUCUGGUCUAUAAGCCACUUCACCUUCAAGGCAUCACAGGCACUAUCCGAAGACACAGAAACCAGAGCUAGCCACACAAAAAUUCUGCAUGCAGCUGCUCCUCCUCUAGCAUUAGUUUGAGGAGCAGCAAAUGGAGUGGUUAAUUUUGGCACAGAAAAGGUAGGUUGUUGCAAAAUAGAGUAUCACUCGAAUUUCACUUGAUGCUGCUUCACAUUUACCUACAGGAGACAAAGCUGUAUUUCGAGCCAAAGUGAAAGGGAACCCCAAACCCAGUGUUGUCUGGAAAAGAGAAAGUGGGAUACCAAUCAAAGAAGGAUCAAAGAUGUUUUACGACAGCAUCAAUAAGGAAUAUGUCCUUAAGGUAAUAAGAGUUGCUUUGAAAAUCCAUUUUCUUACUAUAACCUACUUCUCUGAAGUGUAGAGAGGGAAGAAUCUUCUGGAUUUCGAUUUCUCUCAUAUUUUGCUUUUCCAGUCUUCCGUUCCAAUCUUUCCAUUUCUGCAUCAGCUUGCAAUUUUUUAAAAGAAUGAAAAUUUGUAUGCAUUGUCCAUGCACAUUUCCCCAAAUAUUUCCAUUCUGUACACAAAGCUGCAUUUUUGCAAACCAUUUCCUCCUUAUAUAAUGCAUUUUUGCACCGUAUGUUUAUCUGCACACUUUCCCCAAUAUAUGUAUUUUUGUACUCUGUUUUUUGCUGGUGAGCUGCGUCACAAAAUUUGGAGAGGUGCAACUUUUGAAGGUUAGCUGUGUUUUGUUUCACAUAUUGGCCCAGGAAGUGUGAAUUAGGUGGGCUCAUGUUAAAAAGUGAACUGAAAUGAAUUUCUGCUCUACAUGAAGCUGAAUGCAGUAUUUUUCAACAGCCAUAUUCAGCGUUGUAGUUUGAAAUACUCAUACUCUUGUUGGGCCAUCAGCUGUGGUAACAGAGAAUCACAUUUAUUAAGCUGUUCUUCUAUGAAGGAAAAACAUGCACAGAGCCUUUGAAAUGACUUAUUGGCUCAUGUGAUGUCAUUAUAGGGAGAGGAAGUCAAAGAGAAGAGCUAAAAUCUCUCCAAAGAGCUCUCUUCAGUCUUCUUGCUAGUUCAUCCCUGAGAAGUGGCUCCAGACAAGUAUGGAGCCAAGGCCAGGAGUGAGAAAUCUGUGAUUCUCUAUAUAUUGUUGGAUUGCAACUCCCAUCUGCCUCAGCCAGCAUGGCCAAUCACCAGAGAUGAUGGGAGUUACAGUUUGACAACAUCUGGAGAACCAUGUGUGAGAAUAGCCCUUUCUGGAGAAGCCCUAUCUUUAGCAAGAGGCAAUUGAUGCAAAUAAGCAUCAAUUAGGGACGCAGGUGGUGCUGUGGGUAAAACCUCAGUGCCUAGGACUUGCUGAUCGCAAGGUCGGCGGUUCGAAUCCCCGCAGUGGGGUGAGCGCCCGUCGUUCGGUCCCAGCUCCUGCCCACCUAGCAGUUCGAAAGCACCCCUAAGUGCAAGUAGAUAAAUAGGUACCGCUUUAUAGCGGGAAGGUAAACGGCGUUUCCGUGUGCUGCGCUGGUGCUGGCUCGCCAGAUGCCGCUUAGUCACGCUGGCCACAUGACCCGGAAGUGUCUCCGGACAGCGCUGGCUCCCGGCCUCUUGAGCGAGAUGAGCACUCAACCCUAAAGUUGGACACGACUGGCCCGUAGGGGCAGGGGUACCUUUACCUUAAGCAUGAAAUUGACUCCAGAUGCCUCAGUGUUUAAGGAGAGAGUUAUGCCGGUUGUGUAAAGUCUGCAAGUGCCCCUCACUGCCUGUUUUGUCUGGGUGCCGUGUCUUCUUUGCAGAUGGAAAACCUCCAUGCAGAUGAUGCAGACAAUUACAAGUGUGUUGUUUCCAAUGACCAUGCUGACCUCAUCUGUACUGUGUCCUUGACUAUCAGUGAAAGUAAGUACCAAACACAUACCUAAUCUGAGUUCAUAGGGGAGAGACACCACAUUAUAGGGGGGAAAGAAAGGCCCUUGGAACUUUUACCAAAGUGGAAUAUGGAAUGAGGAAAUGAAAGCCCUUUGAUAAAUAUGUAAUAAGAUAUACAGGUGGGUCUCCUAAGCUACGCUGUAAACUGGUUCCUUGUUCCUAAUUUAUUUAUUUAUAUUUAUUAAAUUUAUAUACCACCCUGUACCUGCAGGUCUAAGAGCAAUACAUAGGAUAAAAUCAGAAUAUAAAACCACAAAAUAUAUGAUCAAAAUAAAAGCAAAACCAACCCAAUUAUCCCCCCCCCCAUUUUAAUAGGGUAUAGGAUGUCAGUCAACCAAAGGCCUGGUUAAAGAGGGAUGUUUUUGCCUGGCGCCUAAAGGUGUAUAAUGAAGGUGCCAGGUGAACUUCCCUGGGGACAGCAUUCCACAGAUGGGGAGCCACUGUGGAAAAUGCCCGUUCUCGUGUUGCCACCCUCCAGACCUCUGGUGGAGGAGGCACACGAAGAAGAGCCUGAGAAGAUGAUCUCAGGGUCUGGGUAGGUUCCUAUGGAAAGAGGCGGUCCUUGAGGUAUUGCAGUCCUGAGCCAUUUAAAGCUUUAUAGGUCAAAACUAGCACUUUAAAUUAGGCCCAGAAACUAAUUGGUAGCCAGUGCAGUCGAACCAGGAUGGGUGUAAUCAAACUGUAUUGACCUGGUGAGCAACCAGGCUGAAUUCUGCAGCAGCUGAAAUUUCUGAACCAUCUUCAGAGGCAGCUCUACGUAUAACUCAUUGCAGUAAUCUAACCUUGAGGUUACCAGAGCAUCGACAACAGUAGUUAGGCUAUCCCUGUCCAGAUAGGAGCGUAGCUGGUCCACCAGCCAAAGCUAGUGGAAGGCACUCCACGCCACUGAGACCACCUGAGCCUCAAGUGACAACAAAGGAUCCAGGAGUACCCUGAAGCUAUGAACCUGCUCCUUCAGAGGAAGUGUAACCCUAUCAAGAACAGGCAAUCUCCUACCCAUCUGGUCUAGGAAACCACCCACUAACAGUGCCUCAGUCUUAUCUGGAUUGAGCUUCAGUUUGUUGGCCCUCAUCUAGUCCAUUAUUGAGGCAAGAAACCAGUCCAGCAUUCCCACUGCCUCACCUGCAACUGUAAAGGAGAAAUAAAGCUGAGUGUCAUCGACAUACUACUGACAACAUACUCCAAACCUCUGGAUAACCCCACCCAACGGUUUCAUGUAGAUGUUAAACAGCAUAGGGGUUAGGAUCGAGCCCUGCGGAACCCCACAUUGAAGGCUCCAUGGGGCUGAAAAGCAUACCCUAAGCAACACCCUCUGUGAACAACCAUCCAAGUACGACUGGAACCACCGCAAAGCAGUCUGUCUCUCUCUCCCCCCCCCUCCAGUUCGGACAGCCACACCAGAAGGAUACCAUGGUCGAUGGUAUCGAAAACUGCUGGGAGGUUGAGGAAAAUUAACAGGGACAUGUUUCCCUUGUCUCUCGACAGAGGUCAUCAUACAGGGUGACCAAAGCAGUUUCUGUGCCAAAACCAGGCCUAAACCCCAACUGAAAUAGAUCUAGAAAAUCAGUUUCUUCCAAAAGCACUUGGAUCUGGUCCACGACUACUCGCUCCAGAACCUUAACUGUAUGCACUAACUCUCUUCUUUUAAUUUUCUUUCACUAUUUUUGAACCAAAAGGUGAAGAAAAGCUGGAUUUCAAAAAAAUGUUGAAGAAAAGGUGAGAUGCUCUCCCCCCACCCCACCCCCCAAUACACCUGUGGUCAGUUUCCAGAUCUUUCCCCUGUGUGGGUUACAAAGAGGACCAGCCCAAGGAGUUUUGCUGCCUGAAGUAAAGGGCAAGAAGUUUCCUCCUCCCACUCCUGUUCCAUGUACAAACGCUCAGCAGACUGCUGAAUCUUAUCUCAGCAUCCUCCAUUGCAUCCCAAGGGCAGUGGCCUAGAUUUGUGGAUGCAGGAUAGGCUGCAUAGCACAUGCACAUCCACUCUCUGCCUCAAUAUUUGCCUCCUGAGGCAGCUAUCUCACUUUGCCUCAUGGUAGGGCUGGCCCUGGUUACAACAUCAUUGUGGGUUGGUUGGUUGGUUGGUUGGUUGGUUGGUUGGUUGGUUGGUUGCUGGGCUGGUGGCCAAGCAAGAAGCAGUAUGAGCACUGCUCUUGCAGGAGUAAAAGGCCAUGGCAAUGAGAGGCCAGAGCAUAGCUGUCCCUGUGGAUUGCAAACCAUGUAGGGGUCAUUUUUUCUGUUUGUUCGCUUUAAACUUUUUAUGCCACUUCUCUAACAUACUCCUAUCUUCCACUGCCUCCCGCAGUUUUUUGACCAAACUGCAGGAGGCAGUGGAAGACAGGAGUGCCUGGUGUUCUCUGGUCCAUGGGGUCACAAAGAGUCGGACACGACUAAACAACAACAACAAUUAUGAGUGGUGCAGGGAGGGAGAAGGAGUCCCAAAGUAGCUGUUCCAUUGUCUCUGUCUCAGACCAUGGGUGGGGAGUGGCCUGUCAGCCAGAAAACACAGUGAGCAGCCAAAUCUGAGCCAAGAAACAAUCUGUUACGUUUCCUCAGGGAGCUCAGUGGGGAAGUAGCCCAACCACAUAGAUCAGAAUGUUCUCUGGGAGAAGAAGAAAAACAUACCCAUGGAUAAAGGAAAAUAGUUUGGGAAAGAUUUGUCUUAAGACCUUCAAGCUGGUUUAACUAUCCUGGUUUCCCUCUCAAGAGCCCUGGGAUUUAUAGUUUUGCAAAGACCCUGAUGAUUUUCUGUUAGAAGUAGAUGAAUAAAUGCCACAUGACUGCCACAUGACCUGUUUUGUGUGUGUACACACAGGGGGCCUCCGGCUCAAAAGAAAAAAGAGAAGAGGGUGGUUAAUGAGAAAGAAAUGCUGGAGAUUCUCUCCAAGGUGCCCAAGAAGGACUUUGAGAAGGUCUGCAUGGAAUAUGGCUUCACAGAUUUCCGAGGACUUCUUAAAAAGCUGAAGGAGAUGAAGAAAAAAGUAGAAGUUGAGGUUAGUGAUGCUUUUGGACACUGAAAUGACAUUCCAUCUCUGCCCCAAUGUAUAUCAUAAAGAAGUCUUCUGUUUCAAUUUGGCUGCAGUUAUUUUAUUCAGGUGUGUGUUGUCUUAUCUAUAUGUCAUGGGGGAAAAUAGUGGAUGAAAGAAAAGUGGAAUUCAGUCUUUGGGCAUUAAAAAAAGAAAAUAGUAAUAAUAACAGUGAGUGUGUGUGUGUGUGUGUGUGUGUGUGUGUGUUUUAAUCCUACCUCUUGAAAAAUAUUGCCAUGAUACACUUGUGAGCAAAGUUUGUUGAUGCAAAAACAAAAGAUUGGGUCCAGUGGUGCCCUUCCAUGAUCAGAAAAAUCUUUGAGUCAGUGAAGUCUUCUGAAAACAGAAGUUGGGAUGAGGGUGUCAAUCUUGACUUAUUUCCACUUCCACCCCACACUGUUCCAGAGGGUGGACCAAACCCCCAGAGCAGAUUUCAGAGGGUGGAGUGGGGAAAAAGAGCCAAAAGUACCUUCACAGAACUAUGUAUCCAGUUUGAAGAGUCCUGUUCCAUUUAAUGACUAACUACUUUUGGGUGGCAUAAGCCUUGGUAUAUUUGUGAUACUUUAUGAUGCCACAGAACUCUUGGCUCUACUUCCUAAACAUGCAAACACAAACCUCCACACUGUUGGUAUAUGUGAAACUGAAACUAGUAGUCAUUCCUUAUCUAUGCAGUGUAACGUAAACAGUCUAGAACAAGGGUCAGCAAACUUUUUCAGCAGGGGCCGGUCCACUGUCCCUCAGACCUUGUGCAGGGCCGGACUAUAUUGGGGGGGAGGGAAAUGAAUGAAUUCCUAUGCCCCACAACUAAUCCAGAGAUGCAUUUUAAAGCACACAUUCUACUCAUGUAAAAACACCAGGCAGGUCCCACAAAUAACCCAGAGGUGCAUUUUAAAUAAAAGGACACAUUCUACUCAUGUAAAAACAUGCUGAUUUCCAGGCCAUCCGUGGGCCGGAUUUAUAAGGCGGUUAGGCCGGAUCCGGCCCCCGGGCCUUAGUUUGCCUACCCAUUGUCUAGAAUAAAGUGGCUUCAAAGUCAGGAGCAUGAGGUAAUGUUCAUGCGCAGAGGCUGGGAGAAAGAUAUGUGUUUGUUCAUUUUCUGUAGGAAUAUUCAGGGAGGCAGGAGAGGAUAUAUUGUUUAUUAAUAUCCUUCCUAACUUGUGUUAGCAAGUUCCUUUACUUAGCAGAGUUUACAUUCCCCUUUUACAGGCACAGCAGAUAGCUGGUUGCAGGCCUGUGUAAGCCUCUCACUAUCAUACAAUUCAGUAUUGAAUUGUAUGUUCCUGGUAAAUUCCCUUUUAUCCCUCUUAAAAGAAUAAAGACACAACACUCUUAUUUAAAGUCAGUAAAAUACAUUUACUCACAUCAGUUCACAGUUGGAUCCCUGAAGGCAGACUUAGUUACAAAUAUGUACAUAUUGGAGAAUAAUCCCAGUGACUGCAAGCUAGCAGUCACUGCAGUUCACACAACGAAAGGAAGAUGGAAAAGAGAGAGUGUGGCAGCAUGCCUUGUCCUUUUGUUACCUGGACAGGUAAGGUCACGCCCACCUCUAGUCACAUGCAAAAGGAAGUAUGCUCCAGCCCAGGAGGAAUAAAGAAGUUUGGACUGGCUGGGCCAAACAUCCCCUUGCAUUUCCACUCUAGGAAAACAAGGAAUGUUGUACUUGACUGCUCUCAGUGGAUUACAUCCCACAUUUUCUCUCUCUGCUCUUCUCCCUGCUGGGAGGGGGAGAACCAUAUCCAGAUGCAAACUGUCCUAGCAGCAUGCUAGUGACUGAUUUAUGGGCUACUGGUGAACAGAACCGUUAAGCUGUAAACCGGCAAUAAACCUUACUGCCUGAACCGUGGGUGUGAAGUGAGUUUAUUGCAUCGGUGAUUGUCUCCACAAAAGGCUUGACAACACUGUGCUGAGUGGAGUACGCAGAGGAGCAUGCUGGACACGUUGUGGGUUGGAAAAGAUACAAAUAUUCAACACACACAAACAAAAUGAAUAAUUGGCCACAACAAGAGAGCAUUGUAACGAACAGAAUUCAAAGUUGAGUUAAACAGCGGCUAAAGGGUAGAAGCAGAAGGUAUCAGCAAUCCUAUUUACUAAUGAAAAUUGGACUUUUAAGAAGAAUGCUAAAAUAUUUUUUGUUAUCUUUAUUUAUUAAAUUUGUAUACUGCCCUAUACCUGCAGGUCUCAGGGCAGUUACAGCAUAAAAACAUAGAAUCCAUAAUAAUAAUAAAAAUAAGGUUAGGGCAUAGGAAAUCAUUUGGAAUUGUGAUUCAUUCUCUUUUUUAAAAAGAAAUUAUUAAAGAUUUUCUUUGGUUAAUUUCUAUUCAGGCCGUAAAAAUUCUGAAGCCUCUGGAGGAUGUUUCUGCUAAGGUGGACUCUACAGCAGUAUUUGAUUGCAUUUUAGAACUGAGGGAUGCCAAUACAAAGAGGACGUGGAUCAAGGUAGGGAAACACCUUUCUUUAUAUUGGCUGAAACAAAGGAAGGCGGUGUGUGAGAUUUUCAGAAUAAUGAAUGGAGGGGUAUCUGUCAUAGGUUUUCCUCUAAAGCUGCCUUUUUGGCUAGCUACUUCUAUAAGCCAUUUAAUUCAAUGCAAUUCAUUUUAUAUUCCAAGAGAGAAAAUAAGGGUUGUUAAUUUAGCCACACUGUAACGUAUGCCAAAAGGAAAUUGCAUACAUUUCUUUUCCUAAUCCUCAUUUACCUACCAAUAUGCCAGCUAUGGCAUACUUCCAAUAAUUUUAUAACAUCACUAUGAUGUUCAGUUGAAUCCAUGCAUUCAUGAAUACAUGUUGACUGCUUUGUAGCAUUGUUUUCCCAUUGUUAUGGUUGCAGCCAGUUCUUGAAUGUAUAGUUAUCACUUAAUGACUGGCAUGUGUACAUAAAUGUCACAAAUAGUAGGCCCCUCCAUAUAUCUUUUUAAUUGUGCAUUCAUGAUGAUGUGUUCCUAUGAUACUAUUGACACUGUCACAUAUGAUUCCAUUAUUAUUAUUAUUAUUAGUAGUAGUAGUAGUAGUAGUUUCAUUUAUAUACCGCUUUAUAUUUUUAAGGGAAAAAAUCUCAAAGUGAUUUACAACCAACAUUAAAACAUCAAAUAAAACAAUCUAGAAUAAAACAUAGAAUAAUAUCAAAUAUAAAGCGCUAAAAAAUAGUCCAGUAGCACCUUAAGGUAAAGGUAAAGGGACCCCUGACGGUUUGGUCCAGUCGCAGACGACUCUGGGGUUGUGGCACUCAACUCGCUUUACUGGCUGAGGGAGCCGGCAUACAGCUUCUGGUUCAUGUGGCCAGCAUAACUAAGCUGCUUUCUGGCGAACCCAGAGCAGCGCACGGAAACGCUGUUUACCUUCCUGCCGGAGCAGUACCUAUUUAUCUACUUGCACUUCGACGUGCUUUCAAACUGCUGGGUUGGCAAGAGCAGGGACCGAGCAACGGGAGUUCACCCCAUUGUGGGGAUUCAAACCGCCAACCUUCUGAGGGUCAGUGUGGUGUAGUGAUUAAGAGCAGUGGACUCGUAAUCUGGGGAACCGGCUUUGCAUCCCCGUUCCUCCACAUGCAGCUGCUGGGUUGACCUUGGGCUAAUCACACUUCUUUGAGGUCUCUCAGCCCCACUCACCUCACAGAGUUUUUGUUGUGGGGGAGGAAGGGAAAGGAGAUUGUUAGCUGCUUUGAGACUCCUUAGGGUAGUGAUAAAGCGGGAUAUCAAAUCCAAACUCCUCCUCUUCUUCUUCUUCUUCUUCUUCUUCUGAUUGGCAAGCCCUAGGCUCUGUGGUUUAACCCACAGCGCCACCACCUUAGAGACCAACUAAGUUUGUUCUGGGUAUAUGCUUUCGUGUGCAUGCACAUUUCUUCAGAUAUUCUUCAAAUAUAACGUAUACAUUCAAAGCAACAUAAUUGAUAGGAAACUAAUAUACUGUGAUGGGAUUAUGAGCUGCUUGUGCGUAAAAUCGUAUUCCCUCAGAGUUUGUUCAAGUCCACAAACCUCUGUCUGUGACUGAGCCCCUCUGACAUGGCUCCUCUUAGUCACUAGAAGAUUCCGACAGUGGUUGCUUUCGUGAUCGCUUCCAACAUAAAAGCUCCUUAACGGAAACACGUCUUCUGGACUCUCUGCGUGACAGUUUCCGGCGAGGAGUGGGUGUCGCUACAGGAGGUCCGGAAACCUCACCACUGUUUUCGCUGGAAGUAUCUCUGAGCCAUCCCCCCAGCUCCCUUUCCCUCAGUUCAGCUUGUCCCCCCCUGCUGGUUUCCUCUUCCGCUGCUGAGUCUCUUCCAACCUGUCUGAGCCCUUUCACCUCCCUCAGUUCAGCUUCUCUCACCUUGCUGGUUCCCUCUUCAGCUGCUGAAUCUCUUCCAACCUGUCUGAGUCCUUUCACCUCCCUUCCUUCCGAUGGCAGUUCCCUGACAUCCACCUCCCCCUCCAGGGCCCCCUUCACCCCCUCUCGCCCCCUCCUCUACGGGCGGUGAGGAGGCAAAACCCCGGAAUGAACGUCCUUCAUCUUCCGAUGUCUCGAACACUUCUCUCCACCUGUUGCGGUUCCUGGUCUCGAAGCACUCCUCCUCCUCCGAGUCCAUCUCCCCUUCCCCUUCCGAUUCUGGGAAUCCUUCCAACUCCUCCUCCUCCUCAGUGGUCCCAAAGUAUUCCCUCCGGAACCUCUCCACAGGCUGAGGUUUCCGCGGGAACCUUUGAUGGAACAUUUCUAUCAAUACCUCGUCAUUGAUAUCUUUGGCCAUUACCCACGUGUUUUCUGACUCCGGUUCUCCUUCCCACGCUACCAAAUACUCCACCUGAUUCCCCUUCCACCUGGCAUCAAGGAUUUCUGCCACAUGACUGCUGCAUUCUCUUUCUUCUAUGACCGGUCCCAGUGUCCAUCCCUUCUCGUCCCCCCUCGUACGGUGACAGUAACGACCUGUGAAAUACUGGGUGCAGUUUCAUGUGGUUGGGUAACCGGAGCCUGAAAGCCACUGGGUUGACCUGUUGAAUGACCUCAAAGGGACCCAACCUCCUGGGUCGUAAUUUCUUACAACCUCCUUUGAACGGCACCCCUCGGGUUGACAGCCACACCCUAUCUCCAACCCUUAUGGUUUCACCUUCCCUUCGGUUCUUGUCUGCCUGCCUCUUGUAUUCUUCCUUCGCCCUUUCUAAGUUGAGUUGGAGCUGACGGUGGAUUGCUUCCAUUUCUUCUACAAAAUGCUCGGCUGCCGGUGCGCUCCAUCUCUCCCCUUCUCCCCUGGGAAAGCCCUGGGAUGACACCCAUAAUUAGCCAAGAAGGGGCUCAUCCCUGUGGACACAUUCUCGGCAUUGUUGUAGGCAAAUUCCGCCAGCGCCAACUUUUCUACCCAGUCAUUCUCUCUGUCAUUGACAUAACACCUCAGGUAUUGCUGGAGGACACCGUUUGCUCUUUCCGCCUGCCCGUUGGUUUCAGGGUGCCGGGCAGUCGAAAAGUUGACCUCCACCUGCAGUAAGCUCAUGAGCUUCCUCCAGAACCUGGAAGUAAAUUGUUUUCCUCGGUCUGAGACCACCCUCAAUGGCACCCCGUGCAACCUAAAAAUGUGUUCUACAAAUAACUCGCUGUCUCUUCCGCCGUGACUGCAUGCGAGCAAGCUACAAAGUGGCACAUCUUUGUUAGUAGGUCUACCACCACCAUGAUGGCUGUUUUCCCUUUGGACUUCGGCAGAUCAGUCAUAAAAUCUAUCGACACUGCCUCCCAAGGUCGUUCUGGUGUUGGUAAGGGUUCUAAUAGCCCCGCCGGCGCCCGCCUUUCCCCUUUGGCUCGCUGGCACUGCUCGCACCCUCUUACAUACUCACGUACAUCCUCCCUCACCUUAGGCCACCAAAAUUCCCUGGUGACCAACCACAUGGUUUUGUGUUGCCCAAAAUGCCCCGCCGUGGGGCUGUCAUGCAACUGCUUGAGUACCCUCCCCCUUAAGUCUCCUUCAGGGAUAUACAGUGCCCCUUUGUAAUACAAAGCUCCAUUUCUUUCCUCGAAACCCCUUGAUUCCUCUCCCUCAUCCCUAAGACCUCUGAGCUUAUUCUGGGCGUAUUCAUCAUUCUCUGUUUCUUCUACCAGUUCUCUUUGUCCCACCAAUGCCGCCCCACACACCCAGCGGUCCUCUGGAAUGACAUGUCUCUCUUCGGGUGCUCCCUCCCCCUCCCAAUAUUCAGGUUUGCGUGAGAGAGCGUCCGCCCUAAUGUUCUCUGGGCCUGGCACGUAACAAAUCUCAAAGUUAAAUUUGGAGAAUUCCUGGGCCCAUCUCACUUGCCGUUGGUUGAGCACUCGUGCCGUCCUCCAAUACUCUAGGUUCUUGUGGUCAGUGCACACUUGCACCUUAUGUUGUGCGCCAAUUAGCAGGUGCCUCCAUCUCCGGAACGCCUCAUGAAUGGCUAGUAGUUCUCGGUCAUACACCGUGUAGUUCCUCUCGGAUUUGUUCAGCUUUCGCGAAAAAAAGCACACGGUCUCCACUCUGACUCCUCCUUCCCUGGCUGGAGAAGCACCGCCCCAACCGCUCUGUCUGAUGCGUCAGUUUCCACUCUCAUCGGUUUUUGUAAAUCCACAUGCAGGAGCUGUUGUUCCGAGGCGAAGGCCCUUUAGUUCCUCAAAUGCUUGCUCCGCCUCCUCCGUCCAAACGAACUUCUUCUUACUGCUGAGACAGUCCGUAAUGGGCGCCGUCAGGUGGGCAAAGUUUGGGAUGAACUUACGAUAGAAGUUCCCAAACCCUAAAAACCUCUGCACAUCCUUCCUUGUUUUGGGUGUUUUCCAUUCCAGUACCGCCUGGACCUUGCCGGGAUCCAUGGCCAGCCCCUUGUCAGACAGGCGAUACCCCAGGAAUUCCACCUCCUUGGUAUGAAACUGACACUUCUCCAGUUUCACCCACAGCUGGUUGGCUUGCAGCCUGCUCAACACUUCUCUGACGUCUCUCACAUGCUGCUCCUCAUUCUCAGAAUACACCAACACGUCGUCUAAGAAGGCCACACAAUUCUUGUAAAGCAACGGCCCCAGGACGUGGUUCAUAAACGAUUGAAAUGUUGCGGAGCCUGCUUGUAGACCGAAGGGCAUAACUAAGUAUUCAAAUGCCCCUAAAGGGGUGAACAUGGUGGUUUUCCAUUCAUCCCCCUUCCUUAUUCGUAUCAGGUUGUACGCCCCCUUAGAUCCAGCUUGGUGAAAAUCUUUCCCUUUCGCACCCUUGUCAAAAUGUCGUCAAUCCUGGGCAUCGGGAAGGCCACUGGUUCUGACACUGCAUUUAAGGCCCUGAAGUCACACACCAGUCUCGGCUUGUUCGUGUUUUUGUCCACAAAAACACUGGGCUGCCCCACCGCCCUGGACUCUCUGAUGAACCCUCUCUUCAGGUUCUUGUCAAUGAACUCUCUUAGCUCCUGCAUCUCUCUGUCUGACAUGGCGUACAGCUUGCCCACAGGGAGCUGUGCCCCAGGGAGCAAAUUGAUUUGACAGUCAAAGGCUCUAUGCGGUGGUAGUUGGUCAGCUUCCCUUUCGCUGAAGACGUCGCGGAGAUCUGCGUAUUGUCGUGGUACCUUCACGUUCUCCUUCACUUCAGUCCCUGCUAGGGUGGCUUGGGCCCCUGCCAAAACCUUUCCCUCUUUGCAAUGUUCUAAGCAAUGUGCUGACCCAAAAGAAACCACUCUCUGAUGCCAGCCCACCAGCGGAUCAUGUAACGCUAGCCAGCUCAUCCCCAAUAUAAUGGGAGCUCCUCCCAAGGUGGCCACAUUAAAAGCUAUCAGUUCAGUGUGCCUUGCCACCUUCAUUAUCAUUGGGACGGUCUGCAAGCUGACUUCUCCUCCCAACAGCUCCCUGCCAUCGAUCGUGGUUACCUGCAGGGGGUUGCUUAAAGGAGCGUCUGUAUCUGGUGUUCAGCUGCAAACUCUUUGCUCAUGAAAUUGCAGGAGCUGCCUGAGUCCAACAGCGCCUUUAUCUUUAGAGGGUGUCCGUUUGGGAGCUCUAGUGUCACUUCUAUCACUAGGGCGGGUUUAGGAGGUUCUGGAGUGGGCACUUUCACUGCUCUUUGGCCUGGCUGCUGUGCCCCGACAAUGGCAGCCAGGCGUUGGCUUUUAGUUGCUCCGGUAUUUUUUCCUCUCUUCCCUCCACAGCUCCCACCAUCCCUUGCCAUUCCUUCCUCUGAGGGCAGACUCUGGCAAAGUGCCCUGGCUGUUGGCAGAGAUAGCAUUUCCGGGCGCCUUUUCCAUGCUGCUUUGCGGCCCUCACUGGGCUUUGAAACUGCGCGCGCGCGCGCUGUUCCGAUUUCCAUCGGCUCUGCCGGCGGGACAGUUGGCUCUGGAAUGUCUGGAAUGCGGAACUCCUUCCAACGUUCCCCUUUCCCUUCCCGCCUCUCCAAUGCUCUCGCCUCCUGGCGCGCUCCUAUGGCCAGCGCUGAUUUGGUCAGCUGGUCCAUAGACUCCGCCCUGGGCGCCCGGGAAAGUUCAUCUUUCACAGCCGAAGAAAGCCCUUCUUCAAAGAGCAUUUGAAUGGGUUCCGCCGAUAAGUCCCACCCCAAUCUGUGUAUCAGCAUGGUGAACUCAGUCCAGUACUCACGUACAGAUCGGCUCCCCUGUUUGCAAGCCAUUAACUGUCUGCGCACCACUCCCUUUUCAAUAUCGCUGGAAAACAUCAGAUCCAUGGCGCGAAAGAACUUCAUCGUGUCUUUUAAGACGUCACUAUUCGCUGCCAUCAGGGGUCUAACCCAGUCUCUCGCCCCCUUUUCAAGAUGCCCAAUCACAAAAGCCACUCGUGAUUCCUCAUCAGGGAAUCAUCAAACUGCAGAUUGAGGGCAUAUUGCAUUUCUGUCCGUAAGCUAUGAGAGUCUUUGGGCUCCCCCAAAUUUUGCACCAAUCCUGGUACCUUUCUGGCGAGCUGGGUGGCUUUCUCCCUUUGUCUGCAUCUUGAGCCCUCCUCUCCUCCAGCCUCGCCGUCUGCAGCGCCAGCUGGACCUCUAACACCCGGUACCUUUCUUCCAGGCUUGGACCCGCUCCAGCCCCUGCUUCUCCGGUUCCUGCUGGGUUGCUCAUUAUUAUGCCGUCUCCUGCACAAGCUGCGUUCAAAGACUGUCGGAAUGCUGUGAUGGGAUUAUGAGCUGCUUGUGCGUAAAAUCGUAUUCCCUCAGAGUUUGUUCAAGUCCACAAACCUCUGUCUGUGACUGAGCCCCUCUGACAUGGCUCCUCUUAGUCACUAGAAGAUUCCGACAGUGGUUGCUUUCGUAAUCGCUUCCAACAUAAAAGCUCCUUAACGGAAACACGUCUUCUGGACUCUCUGCGUGACAGUUUCCGGCGAGGAGUGGGUGUCGCUACAGGAGGUCCGGAAACCUCACCACUGUUUUCGCUGGAAGUAUCUCUGAGCCAUCCCCCCAGCUCCCUUUCCCUCAGUUCAGCUUGUCUCCCCCUGCUGGUUUCCUCUUCCGCUGCUGAGUCUCUUCCAACCUGUCUGAGCCCUUUCACCUCCCUCAGUUCAGCUUCUCUCCCCUUGCUGGUUCCCUCUUCAGCUGCUGAAUCUCUUCCAACCUGUCUGAGUCCUUUCACCUCCCUUCCUUCCGAUGGCAGUUCCCUGACAUAUACUAUCUUAAAAAAUUCAAAAUAAAAUAUUACCAAAGGACGCCAAGUACAGAACGCACAUUUAAUAUAGUGCCCAACCCAUAUUUGCAUUAUGGGUGCAUGUAGCUUUUCACUUCAUCAUUCAAAGCUUUCCAUAUUUCCUUUUUCCAGGGUAAUGAACCUUUGCGUCUUCAGUAUUCCCUAGGAAAAUACGAAGCAAAGCAGAUGGGCACUAAGUAUAUGCUGUGCAUCAGUAAUGUGACUGAAGCCGACAUGGGCACAUACAGUUUUCAGGUGGGAGAUAAGCAUCUCUCUGCACGAUUGAAAGUAAUAGGUAAAUCUGAUCUUUAAUUGCAUAAGAUAAAUCAUAUGCUUAUAGUGUGUACAAGUCACAGUAGUCUUUGUUAUUUGUGUAGAGUUGCACUGAUGAACUCAGGCUGAGAAUCUGGCCUGUACUGUGGAGACAUCUCUGUGGUUGAGCACACAUAUAAGCAAACAGUGAAGCCUCAUCAUGUUUUUUUAACAGAUGAACCCCUGAAGUUUUUGGCAGACCUGAAACCUUUGACAGUAACAGAGCGGCAGACUGCUGUGUUUGAGAUCCGCCUUUCCAAAAAGGUGCCCAACUUUGCUUGGAAGUUUAAUGGGAGAGAGCUGAAGCGUGAUGACAAGUAUGAGAUCAUCUCGUCAGAGGAUGGCUUAACUCACACACUGAAAAUUAAGGAUGUCCGUCCAAGUGAUGUGGGUGCUGUCACUUUCGAAGCUGGAGAUCUCAGUACUAAGGCUGAUCUUUCCAUUCAGAGUAAGUGAUGCUGAAACUGUAUGUUAACUAUUGCCCAAGGUAUCCAAUCUAAAAAAAAAACCAAAAACUGGAGUCAGUGCCUAAGUGCAUCACAUUUUUUGAUUGCUGCAAAAAAUUAUUGUGCUUUCCUCUGCUGCCAUCGUCUUGGAUUCCUGUUCUAGUAUUAUGGCUAAAAUACUAAAUAGCCUAUUGGCUUUACUGAUUCAUCUUAAUUAAAUUCAAUCUAAAAUGUGAAAGCAAGGACUUGAAGGGAUUUUUGCUAUGGAAAAGAAGAAUGUUCUGUUAACAGUCCUGUUUGGUGGUUUGAAGAAAAAUGGCCGAUGGGGGUAGUGGGGAGGCUAAAUCAUUUGUACAACCCAGAUUUGAUUUGUUCUAACAUAUGAUGGAAUUGUCACUGUGUUGGCUGGGCUGGUUCCCACAUCACUUUAAUCCACACUUUAGCUUAACUAUAGUUUAAAGGUCAAUGUGUAACAUGUUGGUGCAUGGAACUAAAAUCAUGGCUGCUUCAUUCCCUCACCCCAUCCUCCUCCUGUUGCUGCCAUGCUGCUGGGGACAAAGCCAUGGUCUGGCUUAGUGCUGCAUCCAAGGCUGGGCUCAUGGUUUGAGUCCCCCAGGCAAAGAGCAAAUGGUAAGCCAAGAACAAAGGUCGGUUACAGCUCCUGGUUUGUUUGGAGCCCAGGCUUUGUAAAUACCCUACUGUUAGAAAUAUGGUAUUUUUAGACUGAAAUCAGUUUGAGUUUUCAUCCUCUUUUUUUGGUGAGAAUGGUACCUCCACAGAGUACAUUCACAAAGUUCCAGGCUUUGGUUAUCUCUCCUUUAGCUUACUUAGCCCCCUAUCAACACACUGUUGUUGGCCUUGACUUCCCGAAAUCUGGUUUGCUUCCUGUCGAACUCCAUACAGUCCAGUUUCUAUCUCCUCUUUCCUCUCAAGGAACACCAAUUAAGUUCGUCAGAAACUUGAAGAAUGUUCGAGUCAAGGAGAAGGGCAAAGCUUGCUUGGAAUGCGAGCUGACCACUAAAGAUGUUACCUUGAAGUGGCUGAGGAAUGGACAGGUGAUUGCAAGGACUAACAAGCAUAGCAUGACCCAUGAAGGGAAGACGGCAGAGCUGAUCAUUGAUGAUUGUCAGUUUGGUGACUCAGGAGACUACAUGGUGGUUGCCACGCAAGAAAAUGACCCCACAGAGUACUACAGCACCUGUGUUGUUACUGUAGAAGGUAAGGGUGGCCAGAGAGUUUAGUAAAACAAGUUUCAGCAGCACUGUCAGAUGGCAUCACAUGGUUUUUGAACUCAAGCCACACAUGACUUCCAUGUGAUCGGGGUGCAAAUCUACACCUUGUAUUUUUCAGUUUGUAGACUUGAAUUUAAAAUGCUGCUGCACAUGGAUGUUAAUAAGGACAUGCUGUGCUUUUAUCUCUCUUUAUAAGCUGUUCUGAAUCGGCCUUAUUGUAAUGUUGCUUUACUCUUUUAUUGCAAGUUUGCAACCUGCCCUGAGAUCAUAUGGUGAAGGGAAGGACAUAAAUUCUCUUGAAGUUAAAAUAAAAUGAACGGGGAAGUGAGCAACUGUUGAAGAAAACCUGGAGGAGCACUGCUGCAGCAGGGGCUGCUCCUUCUGGCUUUAAAGACCCAUGAGAAUGGAACUUUGCAUCUCUGGGUGUGGAAGCACAGAAGCACACAUACUCGGCAGCUUGCAGAUUCUAGACAAAAGUUUCCAGGCUGAUCUGAUGUGGUGGGGGGUGCAAGUGCCCCUACAACAAGAAGGGGAGAGUGCUGUAGCUCAGCAGUAAAGCAAAGCAUCUGCUUUGCAUGCAGGAGGUCUCAUGCUCAAUCCCCAGCAUCUCCAGGUAGGGCUGGGAAUAUCCCCUGCCUGAAACUCUGGAGGGCUGCUGCCAGCCAGUGUAGAGAAUACUGGGUUAGAUGGACCAAGGGUCCGACUUCGUAUUAGGCAGCUUCCUAUAUUUGUUUGUUCCUAAGGAAUAGUUAGGGACGCGGGCGGUGCUGUGGGUUAAACCACUGAGCCUAGGGCUUGCCGAUCAGAAGGUCGGCAGUUUGAAUCCCCGUGACAGGGUGAGCUCCUGUUGCUCGGUCCCUGCUCCUGCCAACCUAGCAGUUCGAAAGCACGUCAAAGUGCAAGUAGAUAAAUAGGUACCGCUCCGGCGGGAAGGUAAACAGCGUUUCGGUGCGCUGCUCUGGUUCGCCAGAAGCGGCUUAGUCAUGCUGGCCACAUGACCUGGAAGCUGUACGCCAGCUCCCUCGGCCAGUAAAGCGAGAUGAGCGCCGCAACCCCAGAAUUGGUCACGACUGGACCUAAUGAUCAGGGGUCCCUUUACCUAAGGAAUAGUUAGCUAACAAAAUCUGCAACAAGUGUUCUUGCUUAUCUUGUUUGGCAUUAUCUGCUCAGCAUCGUUCCCUGCUUGCUGUAACUGAGGGUGUUCCCUCUCCCCUCAGAGAGAUUUGCCACAGUAAAGAGUGGCUUAUCAGAUGUCCAGGCGCCAACAGGGGAUCCAGUAGAGCUUUCUGUUGUCCUGAAUGAUGAGAAGGUGGAAGGCGUUUGGCUGAAGGAUGGUAAAGAGGUAUGUUUCUAUGGUGUAAGCAGAGAGACUUGCACAUCUGCCCCUGCACAUCUACGCCAGUUAAUUGAUGUGACCGUUUGUAGAGCCACAGAAGAAUUAGCAGCCAUUUUCUCAUUAACAUAUCAGUCAUAGGAAGCUGGGAGUAUGGAAGAGACCAAGGAAGCCAAUCACAGUGUAGUCACUUCAGCAUUUUCUCCUUGGACAGUGAACAAACUAAGGCUGGCCUUGCCAGUUGUAGACAAUUGUUUUCUGUAGUCCGAACUGUCUUCCCUUCUGAUAUUUCUCAUACAGGGAUAUUGCAUUUUGUCAAUAGUAGAAGUGCUAUGUUUUAUAAAUAAAGUGACUACAGGUGGGAUUCAACUACUGAGUCUUGUCAGUGGAAGUCCUGCAGAAGGUGCAUUGGGGAGGAGAGGGGGGACGCCCCAUUGUGCAGGCAACUUGCUUAUGCAAUGGGGCGUCCCCACCUCUCCUUCCCAAUGCGCCCCCCUUGAAACUGACUCUGAGUGGUUGAGAGACAACUUGGGGAGGGAGCAUUCUGUCUGGCAAGCCAAAAUGCUUGUACUGAUGGAAUGAUCAGAAGAAUGCAAUGCUGGAUCCCUCCCUGUGACUACCUAGGAAAAUGUGAUUCUCCAUCCUUGAUGUCAUUGCUUUAUAGAAUGUGAUUGUGCAGGGGUCAAUGCACCGACUGCCUAUUCCCUCCCCUCCCGAUGCCACAGCAUAUUGUGGCUCAAGGGAAUUUUGAAAAACACGCUCUUGAGUCCCCUUCUGCUAUGUCACACCCAUGCUUACUUUACUUUCUUAAAAAGUGGCAAACACUAGCAAUGCUUUCCUCUAUAGCUGUGAUAAACAUUUGAAUCUUCCGUCGUUGUUAGGUUUUAUUUGGUUAUUUGAAGGCUGUCCACUCUCCUUCUACCAUGGUGGGGUACAGGUGUGUCCCUUUUUUAAAAAAGAAAUGAAAUGAAGACAACAAUGGUAGAACAGCUAUUGCGGCACAGCAAGUCCAUGUGCAUGCAUACAGACACAAAAGCACGUCCCUUAUAUGUGGAGUCAUAGCAUAAUAGAAGUGUAAAGGUCAAGCAUCCAUGACAGAUGGCCAUCCAAUCUCUGCUUAAAAGGAAAAAGGCUUCCUUUAGAAGCUUUAGAACUUGACUCUUACCUAUUAAACUAGCAUGUGAGUUCCUGUUUGCCGUUUGAACUUUUAACAGGACCUUUCUUUUUAACCUUUCCUUUAGAUUACAGAUAUGAGAGGAAUCCAAAUUGUCAAGCAAGGGGCUGUCCACAAGCUGAUCAUUGACAAGCUGGGAGAGGACACUGAAGGAAAGUACACAUUCAGAGCAAAAGGGGCAGAGAGUGAGGCCACUGUCAGUAUUGCAGGUACAGUACUCCUGUCCCUCCACCCCCACCCAUGUAAUUUCAGCUUGUCCGUUUCCUUUGACCACUCCCUCCUCCUGCCCUAGGCCUUAAUUUCAGUAACACACAGGGCAUCCUAGACAUCAACCUGAUGUCAUGACCAGGGCUGUGAGUGUAUUGCAGUUCUGCAAGUGUGUAGAAAGACCAAAUGUAGUGGUUGACACAGAAUUUAGCUUCCUGAGAAUCUAGACUUGCAUUUCUGAAUCCAAGGGUUCAGGCACAGUUAACUCCACAAACCUUGAUUAAUUCUAACUUUUAUUGGACCCAGGAAUUUAGGGUGUUUCACACCCAAAUCAUAUGUCUGUGUGUCUGUGUAUGUAUAUGUACACAUAUCACAUCUCUUCUGAGGCCACCUUAAACUUGGAAUUCUAUGGCUAAUGGAAUGUAUGGCUUCAGGGACUUAAACUGUCGUUGGUGAAGACCAUACAAUGAGGCAUAAAAGUGUAUGAAUGUUGCUAACGUGUCUUUUUGACUGCAGUUUUCAGACCUAUUUUUCCAUUCUCUCCCCAGAUCCCCCUUUUAUUGAUCCAUCUGUGCUGGAAGCUUUAGCUGCUCACCCAGUGACAGUGAAAGCAGGGCAGACAGCCAAUAUCAAAGUACCAUUCAGGGCCAAGCCCCUGCCCAAAGUCACCUGGUUCAAGGAUGGCAUUGAGGUGACCGAAGAAGACAGAAUAGAAUUCGAAAGGACCAAUGACCAAGCAUUGCUCAUAAUCAAGAACUGUGUGAGGGAAGACAGCGGCGCUAUCUUGCUGAGGCUGAAAAGCGAUUGUGGAACAGCCACUGCUCAACUGCACCUCAAUGUUAUUGGUAGGUCCUGGGAUGAUCCUCUAGGGCAGUUCACAGUACAAUCUGAAGUAUAUUUAGGCUAUAAUCCUAAACAUAUUUUCUCAGGAGGAAGUCCCAUUGAGCUCAAUGGGAGGUGCUUCCUAGUAAGUGUACUUAGGAUUGUAGCGUUGAUCAUAGGGCUUAGUCCAAAGUAAGUAUGUGUGUGAUCACUCUUCGGUAUCUUAAAGGGUAGACAAAAUGUAAGGAACUGAAUCUUCCUGCACUAAAAGGACAGUUGCCUGUCACAUUCUGAUCUUGUGUUCUUCUGCCUGGAAAUAAAAUCCUACUGUGUUCAGAGAGGCUUAGUCUCAAGUGUGUGUAGGACUGCAGCCUUAACUCUGCUUUUGCUGAGUUUCAUUUUUGUCCAUUAUUUUAGAGGUAACCACACUCACUGUACCCAUGCUUAUUCUUCAGGAAUUGGAAGCCCAGUUUCAGAAAUUUGCUACAGUGUCAUAGAACAGGUGACGGGACCUUGAGAUGCGUUCCAGAUUCCUAGUUUCUCAAGGAUCAUCAGGUGGCCGUUUUUUAGGACCAUAGUUCUUUAGUUUCUGCUGGUAGAUGAAAUUAGUAAAGUGACUUAGGCUGCUUUGAAUAUGAGGCCAGGCUUGUCGAACACCUCUCAAGAAAGUCUUGAUGAGUUCCAAACGGUUGUGACCAUUGCCACUCUCUUUGCAAUUUCUCUGUGUGCUUCAGACAAACCAAAACCACCACAAGGGAAAGUUGAAUUCCUGGAGAAGACUGGGAAGUGUGUCAAAAUGAAGUGGAAAGCACCCAAGGACAAUGGGGGCAAGCAGGUGACCCACUUCAUUAUUGAGCGGAAGAUGGUUGGGAAAAAAUCCUGGACCAAGAUUGGAGAGAUUGACAGCAAACACACCACUUUUGCCACAGAUAAGGUAGAAGAGGGAAAACCUUAUCAGUUUCGGAUCCUGGCAGUCAACUCUGAGGGUGUGAGUGAGCCGCUAGAGUCGGAAGAAAUCUUUGCUGGGGAUCCUAUUGGUAAGUACCUGGCCUGAUUCUGUUAGAUAAGAUUGCCAUCUGGUUGCAUGCUUAGAGCAUUGAAUAAUGACGUUUGCCAUUGUCCAGUGGGUUUUUUUUUAGGCUGGUGCUGGCCUUAUCUUAAGAUAAGGUAGGACAUGAAGAGAAUUAGUAAAACAUUCUCUUAUGAAGGCUCAAUUCACAGGUUUCAGUUUUGGUCAAAAUGCAAGUCAUUGCAUUUGUCAGGAAGGAAUGUUUACCUGGGACAGAAAUCAUGUUGAGUUUUAGCAUCUUAGCCAAUUCAUGGAGUUGAUUUAACUUUAAUCAUGUGCCCCUUUAUCUGCUUAAUGCUAUGUCUGGUCUGUAUGUAAUGGGAUAGUAUGUUCGGACUUAUUGGGUAGAGAUGGUCUUGCCUGAGUCACUUCGAUUUCUAGAACUCCCCUUGGUGGGGGUAAGAACCCUUUUUUCAGCCUGAAAGCCUUAUUGACAACUUUCUGGGGACUGUGUACCAGUGGUUGCCAUGGCCAGAAGUAAUGUACAGAAGUAUAGGCACAGAGGCAAAAGCGGGAACAGUAGAAGUGACUCUUGCCUUGAUUAUAAUUUCAUAGAAAAGCAGCUAGGAAAGAAAAGGCUUCCACUGUAGUUCUGAUUUCCUCUGUCCUCAAAUUCUUUUCAGAUCCCCCAGGUCAGGCAUCUCAACCUCAAGUUACUGAUGUUACCAAAGACGCGAUUACUAUUACCUGGAGUCCUCCAGCUAAAGAUGGUGGCUCUCCAGUAAUGGGGUAUGUUGUGGAAAGGAGGAAGAAAGGCAGCAACCUUUGGGUCCCAGUGUCCAAAGAACUCAUUCAAGGUCAGAAAUUUAUCCCAACUGACGCACACACACUGCUAAAUAUAAUUACACACACACACAAAAAUUGCAACUGUCAAGAAUGUAAAGCAAGAUGUGGUGUAUUAGUCUCUAAAGAACAAAGUGUUUUAAAAAAAUGGCCUUGCUCAGUCAGACCAAGAUUCAUGUAGUUCAGUAUAAACACAAACUGGAGCACAAUCUAGGGACUCAGAAUACCUGUCUAUUAUGUUUAUACUAAGUGCAAAGCACCUGCCAGUAGAUACCACCUUCACCAAAUACAGGCAGCGGCCAUUGUAGGCAUGUCCAAAUGAUGUGUCAUUGUCAACAUGCAGGUCCUUUUGGACCAGGAAGAGGGGAAAAUGGGGGCAUAAUGGGGGGACACACUUAUGCAUGCUCCACUGAAGCACAUGGGGGUCGGGAAUGUAACCCCUCAUACGAAAUGGUCGUCUCCUGUGUAUACAUUUACUCUGUCCAAUCACACUUCCAUUUUUACAGAUGGCUCACAGUUAACCAUUUCGUCUUAACUUUCGAAUGGUAACUGAGCCACACAAUUGGUCUUGGAAACCACCUGACUGUUGAUCUCACUACCUGAUUUGUCCUCUGUUACCGAAAGAGGGCAUGGCCUUUGUUAGCUCUUUUCCUCUUCUAUUACCCAUUUGGAAAUCCAGAAUGCAUCUAAGCUAAAUACAGACAUGCAAACUAACUUAACGGCAUUUGGGAUGUUACUGAAGUGAAGAGGGCAUUGUUCGUUUGCCAAUGUUGUUGUUCUGCUUAAUAAGCUGUCUUGGAGGUCCCUUGAAGCCAAGUGGCAGCAUUAAAAUAGUUGGGCGAAUAAAUACAGUGUACAAUUACUGUGUUCCUGAAGUUGCUCCUGUUUUGUUUUGUUUAUAAUAUGACUCUUCUGUGCACAACUGCUCUGUAUUUCCUGCUUUUAUUACCAUUGCAUUUGCUGCAUGUCAGCUUGAAAGUCUGUGGUGGGGAAGUGCUCCAAGUGUGAAACUACUGCAGACUUCUCUUUGUCGAUUGGAAGCUGUGUUUGUGGCCAGAAGGUGGCAGCAAAAAGCUGCAAGAUGCCCCAGUUAUAUAAAAUGAGAAACAUCGUGUCUCCCUUGAGUCCUAAAGGGCGAUGAUCACUUGAACAUUCUUCUGUCUGGAAAACGCCUCCUCUCUAGUAAUUAUGAUACCUGUGUUCUUCUGCAUUCUCUUUAGAUACGAAAUGCAAAGUGGAUGGCUUAUUGGAAGAUACAGAAUACGAGUUCCGUGUCAUAGCUGUGAACCGAGCGGGGCCUGGGCAACCUAGCAGUGCUUCAAACUCAGUUGUGGCAAGAGAUCCCAUCAGUAUGUCCCUAACAUUGAUCUGUUCCUAGUGUUCCAUAAAUACGUUUAAAAAACAAAAGGUUUGCUGUGCAUGUAAUGAAACAGGGUAGACCCCUGCAACAACCAUUCCCUAUCUGGUUGUUUGUUUCCAUAACCAGUUUCAAUAACAAUUUCAGCAGGUAGCAAGGUGGCCCUUUUUCAAAUAAUACUGAGCAGGCACAGCUGCUGCUAUUUGUUUAUGAAUUAUUAGACCAACACAUAUCAUGGAUUAGGACCAUGAUCUUCCAUGUAUUAUCUAUUAUACAGGUUCUCAAACCUAAUUUCUGCCCGCUUGAAAUGGCCGGUCAUUACUGAAGCCUAUGCAUUUCAGAAUGGUGGUUCAUGGGCAGAGUCAGUCACAAAAUGGUGGCAGACAGAGGCAGAGUUUGGUAUAUAAUCAGUUGGCAAUUACUGAUAAGACUUUCUGCUGAUAUCUGAUCCAUCUUUGAAAAUUGCUAAAUUCUUCGCUAUGGCGUUUUCAUUGUGACAAGGAGUGUCACAGCUCAGCUUUCUGCAAGCUAAGUACAAGUAUUUGCUCUGGUGGUAUUGUGACUCAGUCUCAUUAUUUUGGGCAGAAUUGGCUGAUUCAGAGGCUGUAAGUGGAGACUUCUUGUUUUAUGGUUUCCCUUCCCAACCUCGCAUGUCUCAAAGUAAUUUUUACCCAUCUCCUGCAAUUUCGUCUUCUAUGUUCCUUUCACCCACCACAACCUACUGCCAGUUUCUUUCAUCCCUCCUCCCUGGUCCUUUUACAUUCAGUUCUGUCUUCUAAACAGGACUUCUUUUUCCUCGCUUUCCUUUCUUUUCCCUGAUUAUUAUUAUUAUUAACCUUCUAUGUCACUUUCCCAUUUCCUUUAACACCUCCUCUGGCGCUUUCGUAUCAGAGGAGGGAGGUUGACCUUCCUUCUCCCCACCCCCCGAACUUUUCUGUCUCCUAGCCACCUUUAUUUAUCAUUGAAGGCCUAACCGGAGCUUGCCUUGGGCCAACCCAAAGACUAUGGAACAGCUAUGGGAUGGGAUAGGCAAGUGAGAAGGCAUGGGGCAGGCCGGUUGUGGCACUGAGGCCCACCCAAAAGUGGCCCAAGGCCCACUGGUGGAUCCCAACCCACUGUUUAAGAAAACACCGAUCUGUUCCAUAAAAUUGUGCACACAUUUGCUCAGACAUGUUCUCUCAUUUCCACAGUCACACAUUCAGUCUAAUCUACGCUGACCCCCCCAGUGCAAUUUGGCUUGAAAAAAAGACUUCUCUUGGAGCCAAUAGCCCAUGCGCAUGCACGCACCCACAUGGAUAGCCCUCAUGAGAUGGCCUAUAACUUAAGAAGAAAAUCCAAUUGAGAUAUAUCUGAAUUUUAGAAAAGAAGAAUCCAGAAUUAUUAAGGACGCACAAAGUCUCAGGAAUCACCAGCAUUGAAAAACAUUGUGGGAAGGAAGGGGUUAUUGUUUUUUCGUUUUUGUUUUAACUUCUUUCUUGUGUUUUAGCUUGGAUUUUAUCCUGUGAACCACCCUGAGAUCUUGUGAUGAAAGGUGGUAUAUAAAUCUAAUAAAUAAUUGUUACAUAAAUGCAGACAGCAACACAUCAUUAGUCUUUAAGGUGCCAAAGCAUCCAUUGCUCGCACUUGGAAGGGUGGGAUUGAAUGUUGCACCAGGGCAGAGCAAAUGUGUUUAAAAUGGUAUAUGCAGCUGUGCCUUUAAAGUGGAUGUUUUGCUAUUUCUCCCAGAGCCUCCUGGACUGGUGAGAGGUUUGCAUGUAGCCGAUUCUUCCAACUCCAGCAUUUCCUUGGCCUGGCAGCAGCCAGAGGAAGGUGAUCCGCCGUCAGGAUACAUCCUGGAGAUGCGAGCUGAAGACACCAAGGAAUGGUCCAAGUGUACCAAGAUCCCAAUUUCUGGCACCAACUAUACAGUGGGAGGACUGCAGGAGAGGCAGAAAUAUUUCUUCCGGAUUCGAGCUGUGAAUGAAGCUGGAGUGGGAGAACCAAUUGAGUUAAAGGAUGGAGUUCUGGCCAUGCCCCCUCCAGGUAAGUCAGUGUGCAUAGACUCCAACUUCAUGGGGCCUGCAUUUGCCUUGAGCUCCCUUUCCCCCAAAGUGGAAGGAAUGCUAGCAAGAUCAUCUGGUGUAUGUUUUGUGGGUUGAGAACUUUGCGGGUUGAGAACUUUGCCCCAGGAUGAGAACGAAAAUCGCGCACUGGCAGCACGGCGGCAGCGGGAGGCCCCCUUAGUGGUUAAAAACAGUUUUGGGUUAAGAACGGACCUCUGGAACGAAUUAAGUUCGUAACCUGAGGUACCACUGUAAAUUUAACUGUACAGAGCCAAAGUGACAAUAUAGGUAACAGGGAAAUGUGUGUUUUCUGAUUAAUAGUUUUAACUACUCACCCCCACCCAUCUUUCUCUUUUGUUGUCCUGGUGUGUCUUAUAGCUGCUCCGAAGUUUGAUCUGAGUGCCAGGCUGAAGAGUCACAUGGUUGUUCGUGCUGGGACUGCCCUCUGCAUUCAUGCCUCUUUCACUGUAAGCUGCUCUUGCUAUUCCAUCAGGGAACUUCUGCCUUAAAAUUGCAGUGAAUGCUUUUUAUAUCCCACUUGCAAUGGCCUUUUCACUGGUAGAGCUUUCCAGCACCCAUAACAAACCGCAGAUCCAGGGAUGCUCUGGGAGAAAGCCAUGUGCUUUAAAUGUAUGGUGUGGUGAUCAAAAUAUGAUUUAUUCACAUAUGUACUCCAUCCUGAAUUUGGAUAGAGGGAGUCCAACUCUUACAGUGUGGCCAUCUCAAGAGGGGCUUAUUCCCCAUAACAGUGCAGCAAUGGAGUCCAAGGCACCUCUCCCAGCCUGCCUUCAGCCAGCCAGCCUAGAUCCUUCUACCCAUUUUUCAGGUAUUCCAAGCCUAGUGCCAAAGGCCCCAAACUCUUCCUGUGACAUCAUGCCCAGUUAUCCUGGCAGCCUUCCAAAUCUCCUGUCUCUGCCCCACACCUCAAGGCAGGGGAUGAAGGACAGUUUUAUUGCAUUGCCGAUGGCCCUGUAUUGUUUCUUAAUUUGUUUCCUUUGCAUAGGCUAGCCCAGGAAUUCCUCUGCAGCUUGUAUUUUUCAUUCAUAUCCCAAAUAAUUAAAAUUCUAUCAUUUAUUAAUUUCUUCUAUUCCCUAAUAGAGCCUGUUACUUCAUGUUUGUAACAGUACAUUAACCGCUUAAGGAUUUUGUAAACUAUUGGUUUAUAAAUGGAUUUCAAUAAAUAAAUAAAGUUUAGUUUAUUGAUUCUAUUUAACAAACUCAUAUGCCGUAGUACUCAGGGCACCUUGACCUAAGUAAACAGCAACAUUAGGCAACUAUACCCAGUGCCAAGUUUGCUGAAGCAAUAAUCAUAAUGACAUUGAUGUUCCUUCCUUGUUAUGGUCUGCCGUAGUCGAAACAAAAUAAAAGUGCUAGGUAAAGUAUGCCAGACUUUUGGCAUUUAAUCUGAUUGCUUAAUUUUAUUUUCAUUACAGGUAGGUAGCAGUGUUGGUCUGCCGUAGUCGAAACAAAAUAAACAAAUUCCUUCCAGUAGCACCUUAGAGACCAACUAAGUUUGGUAUUGGUAUGAGCUUUCGUGUACAUGCACACUUUUUCAGAUACACUGUUUCACUGUUUUUGUUUCAGUGUAUCUGAAAAAGUGUGCAUGCACAUGAAAGCUCAUACCAAUAACAAACUUAGUUGGUCUCUAAGGUGCUACUGGAAGGAAUUUGUUUAUUUUCAUUGUUUGGCUUAAGUUUCUGAUAUGCUUGUGUUUUUGUUUGGGUACUCCGUUUAUGUGCUGUAGUUUCUGUAUGUAAUCUGUAAUCACACAUAAUCAGUAAUAAUAAUCUAUUUCCUUGCCAGAUCAGUUGUGGUUGCUCUAGACUUCCAGUAACAGGAAGUUAUGGCCCCAAGAAUUUCCUUAUUUCUUUAAUUGCACUUCCUCUUUGCUCACCAACCUUGUUCAUCCCAUUGAUGUCUGGACACUGUCUAAAACAUUAUUAUAAUUCUUAUUAAAUCUUUUAUAACCUUCUAAAAGGGCCUCCAGUUUUUAAUGGAGGAAAAGGUUUUAAAACAAAGCAAAUAUCAGACACAUAAAACACGAUCAAGCAUUGAAGAUAAAGUAUACUUUGCCCCUAAGAGAUCACAUAGGCAACCUUCCCAGACUAGGAAUAAUUAGGUAGGACUAGGAGAGAGGUAGCAUUUGAAACAUGUAUGCUUCUCUGUUAAAGUACUCACAGUAAUGCAGAAUAAUACUGAUUGGGAUGCCAGACUAAUCAGGGCUUUGCAAACCCUAUAAUCUCCUCCUCUCUGCUCAAAUCUGUGCCAUGAAGCUUUAUCAAGGGGGAUCAGGCAGUGCCGCUAAGAAGAGUGGCUUAUUGAAUGCGGGUUCAUUAAGAUUCAGGUUUAAUUCUGGGUGAUUCUAUGUCUAAGAAGUUGUCCAGGUUUGUGGACAAGCUGUUGCCAGUGCUUACAGAAUCACGGGACUGGAAUAAAUAACUUAGCAAAAAAAACCUAUCUCCUUCCAUUGCUUCCUGUGCCCAUUUUUUUGCCACUGUCUCAAGAGUUCCCACCUUCCUACUGCUUUUAGGGUUGACAGCUUGCAACCGAGAUAGUUGCCUUGUUCCCUUAAAGUCUGGGGUAGCCCUUCAUGGUGCCCUCCAGGUGUUGUCUAUCUUACAUCAUCCCCGCCCACAGGUCAUGCUGGUUGGGGCUGAUGGGAGUUGGAGUCCUACAACAUCUGGAGGACCUAAAGCUAACCAUUACUUGAGAGACGAAGCCUCAGCCAUGGUUUCUCCUGCCCAUUUCUUCCCCAUUCCUUUAAUCUGCUCCUUGCCUUAGCAGCUACAGUAGUAAUUAAGUAAGUAGUAAAAAACAAAUGCACCACCCACGGCAGAUGAAACAGAGCCAGAUUAAAGGCCAGGGUGAAGAGCAAAUGGCAAAAGCUAUGUCUCCUGCUUAGGUGUGACAUAUUCAGCGAGUUUUGCUUCUGGCAGGGUUCCCCUCCGCCAAAUGUGGUGUGGCAAAAGGAUGGUAAUACCACAAGGGGAAGAGAGAGCAUCACGAAAGGCAAGAACCACUCCCAGUUCCUCAUCAGCAGCACCAAACGCAUGGAUACCGGACUCUACCGUAUUGUACUCAGCAAUGACUAUGGAGAAGCCCACUACGAUAUUCAUGUGCGAGUGACAGGUACAAGAGUGUGUGGUAAGGGCUUGGGGUGGGGCGAGCCUGUGAUGAUGAAUGCCCUAGAUGAGGAAUGAAUGCCAGCCUCUUGACAAUUGCUGAGCCAAUCAACAAUUUGAGAAGAGGUUCUAAUGCAGGCAGUUGAUUGCUAGAUCACAGAGUACAGGCAAUGUUAGCCAUUCUUAGUUUAGCUUUUCAAGCUUAAGACCAUAAUGGGUAUGCUGAAAUAGCAUGACUCUGUCUGUCAUUCCAGAGGGAGAUGCUGCCCUCCAAAUAAAUGAUAGAAGACCGCAAACAGAGAAAGAUGAAACACUGGUUCAUAAUCCGUAUUUCUGCCUUAGAUUUCCCAAGGCCGCCUACUAACCUGAACCUGUAUGAAGAGGUGCCAAACACUGUGUCACUGAAAUGGGAUCACUCUCCAGACAUAAAGGAGGAUGGAGGUGCCCAUUACGUCAUCUUGAAACGCGACACUAGCACAGCCACCUGGUUCACAGCCGCAGAGAAAGUUUACAGCAACAAGUACACUGUCACGGGCCUGCUUCCUGGCAGGAAAUAUUUCUUCCGGGUUAUUGCCCGCAAUGAAGUUGGUGACAGUGAUCCUCUAGAUUCAAAGGAUUCCUGGCAUAUCAACAAAGACAAAGGUAAGCAUCUAUGUCUGCAUAAGUAGCCAAAUAGUGUUUUUGUUGUGUCUCAGCAGAUUGAGGCUCAGUUUGCAAUUUUGCCUUGCUUUCUGAAGCUGGAAAUGGACAGAGAAUUGAAAGUAGAAGUGUUGCCAAAGUUCAUUAUUAUGUGGUUUGGAAUAAGAAUCUGUCCAGCUCAAAAUGCCUAGAUGUCUUAUGAAACAAGGGUUAUUUCCCCCCAGGAAGUUCUCCUCCAUUUCAGCAUGUAGAAUAAGAUUCUACAUAGGUGCUGCCAUGCAUUCCAGGUGGCCACAGCACCAUAUAGGUGCAAGCACAUAAGUUUUUCCAUGGAAACCCUCCCUGGGCACUGAAAAUAAGUGAACUGCAGAGCUAGCUGCUUUAUAGCCACAUGAGCAAAAGUCCGUAAAGUUGCCCCAUUCCUCUUAAGUCAUAGACAGCUGUCUAUGACCCAGCCAAGCAGCCUUUUGUCUGGAGAGCAACUUCCCUAUUUUAAAUAGCACUUCCAGCUGUUUCUUGCAUAUGUUUCAUGCAGAGCUACAGCAUCUCUGUAGACCCAUCUAGUUCAGCAUUCUUUCCCCCGCAAGGGCUGGACAGAUGUUUCCAAGAAGCCCAUCUGUAGUACAUGAACAUGACACCUCUUACCCACUGUUACUCCCUAUCAACUGAGGUUCACAGACACUGUCCCUAAACCUGAAAGCUCCACACAGCUAUUAUAGCUAACAACCGUUCAUAGGCCUACCCUCCAUUCGUUUGCCUAAUCUUUUAAAACCAUCUAAGCCAGUGGCUUAGCAAAUUCCAUUAAUAUAUUAAUUAUAUCUUGUGUGCCUCCCAUGUCACUGAACAACACUAGUUAAUCUAUCUUAAUGAUAGCUGUUAGCUGUGUUCAGGAAAACCACCUUCUGAAAGAGCUAUAUAUAAUGUAUAUUCUGACAACUCAAGCACAUGGCAGGUCAGCAAAUACCCAAGCAAACGACAUCAUGCCUCCCUUUUCUAUUGUAUAAAUGCUGCAAGAAUAAGGCCUAGGACCACUUAAAAACCCUGUGACAUAGUCACAUCAAUGUACAAAUGAAGAAAAACUUCUUCCACUUAAUCCCGUGCAAAAUUAAGUUUACCAGAACUACCUUGGAGAAAGUUAGCCAUUGAAUUCAAUGGCCUUCCAAAAAAUAGGGGGGUGCACUCAAGGAUAAAUGGGCAUUGGAGAAUAGGGUUAGAACAACAGAAGACAGUUUGAUUCAUAUCCACAUGUCUAUGGAGUUUUGGAACUACUGUUUUCUGGCCCAAGUAUCUCAGUUGCUAAAUGUGAGGCUGAGUUGAGUUGUCUUCAGUUGUUCCAACCCCUCUUUAUUUAUUAUUAUUCCAGCAAGCCUUUUAGGUAGAGAUCUUCUUCCACUCUGCAUAUGUAUUGGAAUUUAUUUCAGAUCCAUCCAUUGCUUAAUCAUUUGUAUGUUUGCUGCCCUGAGCUCCUUUGGCAGGAAGGGCAGUACAGAAAUUUAUUAAACGAGUAAAUAAAAGAGAUCAGUAAGAAAUGAAUAGUUGUGACAAAUAAAUGCCCUGCAGCUUUUGAGGAAGUCCAUGGCCUGAAAGCAAAGUCAUAAGGCCAUGUCAAGUAUUUGAGGUUUGUAUCAUCAUACCAUGGAGGCACAGACAGCCAAACAUGGAUAUCUGAAUAGGAGGAAACCCCUUUGGAACCAGUAUUGAUUAUGCCAUUCCUUCAACAGAACUUUUCCAUGCCAAGAUAAAAGAAUAUCAUGAGAGAGACUGGCGCCAUGCCCCCCGUUUCAUUACUCCACUGAAGAAUCAUGCCGUGCGCCGGGGCCAUGAUUGCACCAUGAGCUGCGCUUUCUUGGGAAACCCCCGCCCUGUGGUUACGUUGUACAAGGGUCAAAUCAACAUCACAGCCAAUUCCAAGUUCUGGUACAACUCAACUAGUGGCGUCUGCACCCUGAUGAUCCCCACUUGCACUGCCAAGGACACGGGAGAGUACACCAUAGAGAUUGAGAAUGAGCUUGGGCAUGAAAAAUGCAGUUGCACACUGACGGUGUAUGGUAAGUUGAAUUCCUUCCUUGGUGAAGGUUGGCGUAGUUAACAGCACCAGCUUCUUAGUGUAACUAUAUUGAGCGUGAAAAAGCCAGACAGGACAGGCCCCCUCCAGAAUGAUGUUCUAUUGCAGGUGUGCUCUGCAACAUGUUCUUCACACAAUAAUAGUAAAUUCGUGGUGGAUUUUUUCAUUGUUCAGUAAUGUUUCUAUAAUGCUGUGGCAUUCUGGCUGUCCAGAAAGGCUAUGAUGCAACAGAAGGAGGGCAAAAAAAAAGAGAACAUUUGUGGCACGAAAAGUUAUGGGAUUUCGCCCAGGAUGUGAUUGGACAUGAAGCAGAAUGGCCACCCCAAAACUUUGGCUGGAGCAAUUAGCAUUCAAAGGAGAAUUGCAUGUGACGGUUCUGAUAGCAUCAUUAGCACGAAUCAUCAUGAAUGUGCAAUAAAAAGGACAUCUGGAGGAGCCCAACAUGUGUCUAAAAGAAUUAAUUCUGCCCAAGUUGGUAUUUUCUCGUACUAGCCCUGAUCUAGCCUGGGCCAGAUCAUUCAUGCUGGGAAUAAAAACUUGAAUAACCCUCCAGUUUUCCUUUUGGGGAUUAUUAAGUCAAAAUUUCACAGAGCAGAUCGAAGGGAGAGAGGGGGAGAUAAGUGGCAUACAGGACGGGUGAUCUAUGUUGGGAGUCCUUGCUACCUAUCUCCUGCCCUUGCCUAUUCUGCCGGCCUUCUGCCCCUUCGCCCCUAUCCUCCCCAUGUGUCAGGAUCCCUGGCUUGUUCUUUUUAAGUGAAAGCUGAGAGUGAUGUUUCCAGGCACGCUCAGAAAGAAACUGAUACAGCACCAGUAGAAGGGAUCUAUAUUUGGCUGAUACUGCUCAGCUUUAUUUUUGUAUCUGUGGCUACUACUUCAGCAAAACAGGCUGAUGAGAGUCAGUAACAGCCUGCAGUUUCAGUUCAGUAUCAUCUGGAGAAUGGAGAAGUCAUCCAGCUUCAGCCUGCAGUCUGCAUCAUUACUUCAGCAAAAACAAUGGUUCAUUGGAAGUCACCCUGUGAAACUGCCUCCCACCAACCUUUUAAACCUCUGGAACUAGGGGAGAACAGAUUUCUCAUUUCUCCUAUCUUCAGUUCUCCACAUUUCCACAUCAGUUUCAAUUCAUCUGCAUUUCCAUGUGCAUUUCUCCUAAUACACACAUUGUUUGUACAAUUUUGACUAAUGCACACAUUUUUUUCAAGGAAUUUCCUCUAACAUAAUGACUCUUUGUAUGCUUUUUUUCUAUAAGUUUUCCUAAUAUGCAUUUUUUGGUUAGAGAACCGCACUGCAUAAUUUGGGGAAGUGCCGAUUUUGAAGGAUAGCCGUUCUUUUGGCUCAUGUAUCAUGUUGGGAAGUGUGAAUUUCUCACCAUCUGGAAGAAACCGGAAUAUAUUUUCAGACUAAACAGUAAAAUUACCUAUCUGCAUGAUGAUAAACUUACCAUGCUACUUGAAACUUACUGUAGAAGUAGGCAUGAAUGGAAUUCAGAAAGUUUAAUAGACAGCCUGCCUGCUGGUGAGUCACUAGGUAAUAAGUUUCAGACAGAUAAGAUUGUGUGAUAGUAUCAGUCACAAGCACAUGCUGAAAUAUGGGAGUGACUGAUUUUGAUUUGCUUCAGCUCACAAGUGCGCAUGACUUCACCUUCCAAAAUCUGUGCAUACUGACACCAGUUGAUACGUGUCAAUUUAAAUGGUGUUAAAAUUAUAAGAGGCUGAGUUCCCCUUAACUUUUGUCAGUCUCUUUAGCUAUUAAUUUUAGAAGGUUAUUGGGCGGGGGGGGGGGGAAUUAUUUGCCUAAAACAGAAGAAAGCCAGGUUGAGGGGCUUGUGGCUCUCAUUGAGCCCCCCACCCUCCAGUACAAGCACUGUUCUUAAAUAAACAUGCAGGAGGAGUACACACCUGCUACAAGCUCUUGACCUCACAACCCUGAACAGAAUUUUCCAUGAGCUCAGUAGCAAAAAAUCCACUAGUUGUUAAUAUCUGACGGCCUUUCUCUUUUAGAUAAAGAUGAUAGAAGCCUCCUGGAAUCAGUGACUGAGAGCCUGCAGAAGUCAAAACACCUCAUGUGA